GGCAUGGACCUUAUAGCAAAAACCUAGGAGAAAAAAAAAAAAAAGCCAGCACUUUGACCCAGUGUUAAGGCAGCCCAACUGAACAGAGCAAGUCUGAGACCUUGCACACAUGCAGACAGCACACACACACACAGUUACAUUUUUCUUUAACGGAUUAAGGUAGGAAAAAAUUUUAAAUGGGCUACAUAGUAAUACAGACUGGAAUGGCAUCACAAUGGACGUGUCAGAGGAGAGUACAGAAACUCCCUAGGAGCUCAGAGGAAAAUGUGACUCAGGGAUUCUCUGCUGAGCCAGGCCAGCCCUCAGUGCCAGGACGACAUGACAGUCCUCAGGAGCCCUGGGCCCAGAUAACAGAUUGUCACUCAUGUCUGAUGUCUCCCUCUUACCCAGGAAAAGGUAUGUGCCUAUGUUUUUCUAAAAUAAUAAUUCCAGAAACCUCUGUGCUGGCCUUCAGAGAACAUGAUGUCCAGAGUACAGAGUGGUAGCUCAGAGCCUGCCACUGCAUGAAGACUCAGCCUCCCUACGUGACCCUAAGACUCAGUGUCCCUUGCCUGGGAACAUUAAGCCUGCCGUGGAGGGCUACAGGAGGUUAACGAGUGAAGCAUAUGGAUUCUGACCAGCAGUGCCUGGUUCUUGGAGCCCAGAGCGUGGGCACCAUGGUUACAGAGCGGAUGGGAAAGGCCCAGGCCUCUUUAUGCAGGUAUCCCUCACGGCCGCCCUGACCCACACUGCAGGCCUGGGAUCUGGAGGGUCCCACCCUUCACCCACACUGGGAUGACUGCCUGCGGAGACCCUGACACACCACAGAGCAAAGGCCCCUUUUCAGGGUCACACAGGAUGAACACCUGGCCCAUCCUGCCAGCCCUGCUACCAACACCUGCAUCCUGCCAGGGCCCUGGGUAGAGCGUUCUGCAACCCGGACAGGAGCAUCCAGCUGAGGCCAACGGGGGGCCACAAAUGAGAAGUCCCCAGAGUGCAUGGGGGUCUUGCCCUCUGGUCAGGUGAGUGGCCUCCACGCUGUCUCCCUGCCUCCUGGAGGCCCAGGGACCCAGGUGCCCACAUCUGGUCCCCAGCCAGAUUUGCAAAGCCCGGGCUCCACCUGCACAAGGCAUUCCCGUGUGCCUGGGACCCACCACCGGGUUGCCUGGGCCUGCAGUGUCAGUCAUUCUCUCAGCUUCUGCCAGCCUGGUCUACAAAGUCUUCCUUGAAAGCCCAUUCCGCCCGGGGCAGUGUCCUUGUGUCCUCAGGGCACUGAUGGCAUGUCAUGCCGGCUCUGACCUCCCUGCUCAUCUUGGUCAGGUGGUCUUUUGGGCGACACCCACUGUUCAUCUGCCCUGCACAGCACUGCCCCUCUCCCAGCACAACGCUAGUGAGCAGCCUGGUUGUUUGGAUGGAGCUUUCUUCCCAGAUCUCCACUACCCUGCCCUGGUCAGCACGAAGGACAGGAAAGGCAAAGGCUUCUGUGGCCACACCUACCCUGUGCAUGUGACCGGCCCUGGCCCUGCACCCUCUGGCAGAAUCCCAGACAGCAGCAGAUUGGCUGAGGACAGGGGAGGCCUCAGCGCCUUUGUAAGGGAACAGCCGGGCUGGGCUGCACUGUGUGCUAAGAGUGCCUUGCCAGAUCCUACGUGCCAGGCGUGCCCAGAAAAGCCCACCAGGCAGCCAGGAGCCAUGGGGCUGCUGACCGGGGACACACUGAUGACCCUGGCUCUGGCCGGGGCCGUCUUCCUGCUCCUGCUCGACCUGAUGCACCGGCGCUCACGCUGGGCUGCACGCUACCCACCAGGCCCCACGCCCCUGCCCGGGCUGGGUAACCUGCUGCAGCUGGACUUCCAGGACACACUGAAAUGCUUCAACCAGUUGCGGCGCCGCUUUGGGGAUGUGUUCAGCCUGCAGCUAGCCUGGACGCCGGUGGUCGUGCUCAACGGGCAGGCAGCCAUACGAGAGGCACUGGUGAACUGUGGGGAGGACACGUCUGACCGCCCACCUUCGCACAUGCAUGAGCACCUGGGCUUCGGGCCACGCUCCCAAGGGGUGAUCCUGGCGCCCUAUGGGCCCACGUGGCGGGAGCAGCGGCGCUUCUGCUUGUCCACCCUGCGCAGUUUCCGCCUGGGCAAGAAGUCACUGGAGCAGUGGGUGACGGAGGAGGCCGCCUGCCUCUGUGCCGCCUUCGCCGACCAGGCUGGUCGCCCCUUUCUGCCCAACUCGCUCCUGAGCAAAGCCACAAGCAACGUGAUCGCCCUCCUCACCUACGGGCGCCGCUUCCCGUACGACGACGAGCGCUUCUUCUCGCUGAUGCGGCUGCUGGAGAGGGCCCUGAAGGACGACUCUAGCUUCUGGCACCAGGUGCUGCACAAGGUCCCGGCACUCCUCCGCAUCCCUGGGCUGGCGGACAAGCUCUUCCCCGGGCAGAAGGCCUUCAUGGCCAUGCUCGAUGAUCUGGUCAAUGAGCACAAGACCCGGGCCCCGGACCAGCCUCCCCGAGACUUCACCGAUGCCUUCCUGGCCGAAGUGGAAAAGGCCAAGGGGAACCCUGAGAGCAGCUUCAAUGAAGAGAACCUGCGCCUGGUAGUGGCUGGCACACUCUCUGCGCGGACCCGUGGUGGCAGGGGUCCUGGUGCCCCCAGCCCAGAGCCCACUCAGGUCAGGCAUCUCCUGCAGGGCACGACUCUCUUCACCAACCUGUCGUCGGUGCUGAAGGACGAGAAACUCUGGGAGAAGCCCUUCCACUUCCACCCCGCACACUUCCUGGAUGCCCAGGGCCGCUUCGUGAAGCCAGAGGCCUUCAUUCCAUUCUCGGCAGGCCGCCGCACAUGCCUCGGGGAGCCCCUGGCCCGCAUGGAGCUCUUCCUCUUUUUCACCUGCCUCCUGCAGCGCUUCAGCUUCUCAGUGCCCCCGGGACAGCCCCCGCCCAGCGACCACGGGCAGUACGCCUUCCUGGUGACCCCGGCCCCCUUCCAGCUCUGUGCUGUGCCGCGCUAGAGGGGGUGCAGGCCCCAGCCCGCUCCCCAAACCCGGAUCCCUGAUGUACAAUAAACCAGGGUGGAAGCUCCCACCAGACAGC